AUGCGUUUAAAUAAUGGAUUUCAUAUAGAUCAAAUGAUUCUUUAUGAUACAUCUGUUGAACAUAAUCAAAUAACAAAUGAACUUUUAAUGAAAUUUGAUAAACAAGAACUGAUAGUUAUUAAUGAAACAGCGGUUUCAAAAUUUGCUGCUAAUCUUGUUCUAAAAAAUAAUGUAUCAAUUAUGAUUGAAGGUUCAGCUUCAGCACUUGCUAAAGUUAUUAUAGGAAAUAUCACUAUAACUAAUAUUUCUGUUAGUGAUACUUUUGAUCUUAUUGGUUAUGAUCGAUUUGAUAGUGAACUUUUAACUAUUGAUGAAAUCGAUUUAAUUAAAACAUUAUCAUCUCAUGAACUUUCUCUUAGUGUGAGAGCAAAAGUUAAUAAUCCUUCUGUGCUUUAUAUUCUUAAUGGUGGUUGUCUUUCACUUGAUUUACGUGAAAUGACAAGCGGCAUAUCACUUGGCUUAGUUAUCAUCGAUUCAUUUUAUCUUGCAACGCAAAUUAAGAUACAAAUCGAUGAUCAUAAAAAUAUUACAACAUCUUUAUUUAUAUCACCACAUCAUUUAAUAUUCUUAGCAAAUGAUACAGAAUUAUAA